GGUUAAUUUAUUCCAUUAAAUUCAUCUCGUGUUUGUUGUUUAUCCAGUUUGUUUACAUUAGAAGUCACGUGACUGAAAAGGGGGCGGAGUCUCUUCUGUUGCUUUUUAAAUCGUUAGUUUGUUUACCUGAAACAACAACAUGUAAACAAAUGUUUGUUUUUAUUUACAGAAUGUGUUUACGGGUUUUUCUCCCGCCAGAUCUGGCAACCCGCCCAGGCUCCUCCCCCUCCUUCUGCAGGAAACCUGGCCGAACCUCGGGCUGUGGACCGAACCGGACCCGCGCGGAGGUUCUGUUCGUGUUCCGAACCUGAAAGGAGAACAAGGAUCCAUCUGAGGAGGAAACCGGACCUGCAAACAUGGAGGAGAGGUCCUGCAGCGGCGCCGGAUCAAAGUCCAGCGAGGUCCAACAGAACCCUCCAGGUUCUGCUCAGGUGGUCCCAGAUGAAGAGGCCGAGGCGCCGAGGACGAACGGCGGCGAGUCUUUCUGCAAACAGGAAGUGGACUCACGGUCCGAAACCAAGAGACACGAGUCCGGGCUGAGCGGCUCGGAGCAAAGCUUCGGCUCGGUGCAAAGCUUCGGCUCGGAGCAAAGCUUCGGCUCGGUGCAAAGCUUCGGCUCGGUGCAAAGCUUCGGCUCGGUGCAAAGCUUCGGCUCGGAGCAAAGCUUCGGCUCGGUGCAAAGCUUCGGCUCGGUGCUCCACCAGCUGCUGCAGCAGCGGAAACACAAACCGGGCCGACACUUCAAGAAGAAAACGCUGGUAAGAAUGGCCAAACUGCUGGUCAUCGCCAAGGGGUGGGGCGGCGGCGAGCCGGGGGGACGCCAACAAACAGGAAACAGGAAGUCAUCCACAGAUUUAUCCACUGCAUCCGCUGAAGACCCGGGUCUAAACCCAACCGGGUCGGUUUCUGUCCAAGAAGAAUCAAAAGUCCUCAAACCAGCCUCCAGACGAGGACGGUGGACCACACAAACAGCCGAAGUUUCUUCAGAUCAAACUUUGGCUACAACAGAACAAGAUUUUACUGUGAAAGAGGAACCAUGGACCAGUCUAGAUGGACCAGAACUGAACCAGAACCAGGCCCUGGUGGGAAGCAUGGAUCACUCCAUGAGUGGUCUCCAACCCGCUGCUGAGAAACCAGGACCAGAACCAGGACCAGRACUGUCCUCACAGCCUGUAGUCCAAGACAAACCCCGACAGAACGUCAAAAAACUUAAGAAGACACUUCCUGUUUCUCUGGAGGAACCGACCAAUCAGGAUGAAGCUUCACUCGUCAAACAGGAACCACAAAAAACAGCUGAAAACAGAACCAGACCAGCCUCCAGACGAGGGAGGAGGGCCACAAAAACAGCCGAAAACAGAACCAGACCAGCCUCCAGGCGAGGGAGGAGGACCACAAAAACAGCCAAAGUUUCUUCAGAUCAAACUUUGGCUACAACAGAACAAGAUUUUACUGUGAAAGAGGAACCAUGGACCAGUCUAGAUGGACCAGAACUGAUCCAGGACCUGGACUUGGUGGAAAACAUGGGUCAUUCCAUGAGUGAUCUACAACCAGCUGCUGAGGAACCAGAACCAGAACCAGGACUGUCCUCACAGCCUGUAGUCCAAAACAAUCCCCGACAGAACAUAAAAAAAAUUAAGAAGGGACUUCCUGUUUCUCUGCAGGAACCAACCAAUCAGGACGAAGCUUCACUCGUCAGACAAGAACCACAAAAACCAGCCGAAAACAGAACCAAACCAACCUCCAGACGAGGACGGUGGGUCACAAAAACAGCCGAAGUUUCUUCAGAUCAAACUUUGGCUACAACAGAGCCAGGAUUUACUGUGAAAGAGGAACCAUGGACCAGUCUAGAUGGACCAGAACUGUCCUUACAGCCUGUAGUCCAAAACAAUCCCCGACAGAACGUCAAAAAACUUAAGAAGACACUUCCUGUUUCUCUGCAGGAACCAACCAAUCAGGAUGAAGCUUCACUCGUCAAACAGGAACCACAAAAAACAGCUGMAAACAGAACCAGACCAGCCUCCAGGCGAGGGAGGAGGGCCACAAAAACAGUCGAAGUUUCUUCAGAUCAAACUUUGGCUACAACAGAGCCAGGAUUUACUGUGAAAGAAGAAUCGUGGACCAGUCUAGAUGGACCAGGACUAGGACUGUCCUUACAGCCUGUAGUCCAACACAGACCUCGACAGAACGUUAAAAAAAUCAAGAAGAAGAGAGUUUCUCUGCAUGAACCGAUCAAUCAGGAUGAAGCUUCACUUGUCAAACAGGAACCACAAAAAACAGCCGAAAACAGAACCAGACCAGCCUCCAGACGAGGACGGUGGGCCUCAAAAACAGCCGAAGUUUCUUUAGAUCAAACUUUGGCUACAACAGAGCCAGGAUUUACUGUGAAAGAGGAACCAUGGACCAGUCUAGAUAGACCAGGACUGUCCUUACAGCCUGUAAUCCAAAACAAACCCAGACAGAACGUCAAAAAACUUAAGAAGAGACUUCCUGUUUCUCUGCAGGAACCAACCAAUCUUGAUGAAGCUUGGUUUGUCAAACCAGAACCACAAAAAACAGCUGAAAACAGAACCAAACCAGCUUCCAGACGAGGGAGGAGGGCCGCAAAAACAGCCGAAGUUUCUUCCGAUCAAACUUCGGCUACAAAAGAGCCAGGAUUUACUGUGAAAGAGGAACCAUGGACCAGUCUUGUUGGACCAGAACCAGUACAAGGACUGUCCUUACAGCCUGUAGUCCAACACAAACCCCAACAGAACGUUAAAAAACUCAAGAAGAGACUUCCUGUUUCUCUGCAGGAACCAACCAAUCAGGACAAAGCUUCGCUCUUCCAACAAGAACCACAAACACCAGCCAAAAACAGAACCAGACCAGCCUCCAGACGAGGGAGGAGGGUCACAAAAACAGCCGAAAACAAAACCAAAUCAGCCGUGAGGGAAGACUUGAAGAAGUGCUCGGCGCAGAGAAAUCAAAGCUCUAAAACCUCACUGCCGAAAGAAAAUGCUCGGCGUGGAGCGACGAGUCUGAAGCAGGAAGAGCUGAAAGUUGAGAACGUCAAACCCAGAGGUCCUGGUCGACCCAGAAAGACUGUUCUCAUCAAGACUGAACCAGUUUGGGAUUUUGAAAUUAAUCAUCUGGAUUUCCCCUCAAUGGACCCAAAAACUCCUCAUCCUCCUGCAGAAAGUUGGAAGAAGAAACCUCCGAAACAAACCCUGAAACUUUACAAUAAAUUGGAACCUGUUAUAGUUAAAGAAGAGCCGUAUUCAGUUCCAGUUGAACUUUACGGCUCAGAUGAGACAGCCGAAGGUUCGGUCCAGAAAACCAGGCAGAGAAAAGUGAAACAGGUCAAAGAUGAUCCCACAGAACGGGAGGAACACCUGAAAAGAUAUCUGAACCAUUCUGGAAACAAAACGAUGAGCAAAAAGGCCAAGAUGAUUUCUGACAACAGCAGAGAAGAGACACAGCAGAUGGAGGCCGAAAACACCACUAAAUUCAACAAAAUGAAGAAACCUUUGGCUGCGAGUGGCAGAGCAAACAGAACUGUUAAAGCUGUGCCUGGAAACGUUUCAGGAAACAGGAAACGGAAAAGUCCACCGUCAGAGUUUGAUGAGACGUUUCCGAACUCGUCUUCAGGUUCAACCCGACAAGAAGACGUGAUGGAGAGAUGUAAGAAGAGAGCCAAACGUGAGCCGAAGAAAGCUGUUUGCACUGCCUCAGCGGGUCCAGAAACUGGACCCACUUUGGACCAGAUGAACCCACAGCUGACACCAGAUCUGAAGGAGACUGUUUCUGUUGACGUCAAUUCAAAGACGAAGACAACAUCAGGCGUGGAAAAGUGUUGGAAAAGAAAACAAACGUCAAAGAAGACAUCAAAGGAACUAGAACUCCAGGUCUGUCCUGAUUGGACACGUGGACACGACACUGCGGAAGACGACAGAUUAUAUCAAACAUCAAGUGUCAAACAGAAAAGAGAUGUAUUUACGGUAAUGGAGGAGUCGUCGUUUCUUGUGACAGAUUUAAAUAUCGUCCAAACAAAAACGGAUGAAGGUUCAGUUUUAUCUGCCGCUCCGACAAAAACCAGRGCUAGGAAGAGACGAGGAAGAACUAAAGCCCACCAGAAGGACAAAAAGGAAAUCAGUCCUCUGGAAGAUAUUUCUCCCAACUCCAGUUUCUUCGAUCAAAACCUGAAGAUUCAGCCGAAAACUCAGAGCGAGCUCAGAGAAAGGAGACCUCUCCAGUGCCCCUUCUGUGUCCGCUCCUUUCGACAUAUUUCUGCUUUCCAUCUCCACAAACGAAUUCACACCGGAGAGAAACCGUACGGAUGUUCUGUCUGCACCAAGAGGUUCUCCGGGMGGCUCCUGCUCCUCCAGCACGCCAAGGUCCACGAGGGCCCUGCUGCCCUGCGCUGCCCGUGUUGUAACGGAGCGUUCAGGAGCAAACCAGACCUCAUCCGUCACUUCAAGGUCCAUCUGAACGAAGCUGAGGGUUCACAGAAAGAUCCGGAGCAGAAYGAUCGGACGGACUCCGGUUCCUCGAGCGUUGAAGCUUUCAGGUGCUCCGUUUGUUCCAAGAAGUUCAAAAAGACGCCCACCUUAAAGAUGCAUCAACAGAGACACGCCAGGAGGAAGUUCAUCCGCUCUGUUCAGGAAGCGACCUCCGUUUCCUGUCUUAUGAGCGACGAUGACGGAUUUUUGGUUUCCCGGCGUGACAGUGCAGUGGUCUUAAUGCCGACAGUGUUUAAGUGUUCAAUCUGUAAACAGCUUCACCGGCGCUGGUGCCACUACGUCCUGCAUUUACAAUCGCAUGUUUCUGGCACAUCUCACCGCUGUGGCACAUGUGGACAAAGUUACGACCAGCCCCCGGACACCCCACGCCACUGCUCGGUGUGCUGCAGGAAGAGCGGCGAGGAGACGACGUGUCGAGGUUAUCYGAAGAACAUCUGCAAGGCAAGGAAAGAUGAGGAACAUUUCAGUUCUACAGAGACUGAAACACCAAUACUACCAUCAACGAGAGACUCAGCRCCUCAAACAAGCGAGAACUUGAACCUCGACUCUCCAACAAAUGAACUCUUGGACCUGAACGUUUCAAAACGUGACCACUUGGACCUCAAUACCCAAACAACUGACCACUUAGACCUUGACAAUCCAACRAAUGACCAGUUGGACCUCAAUGCCCAAACAAAGGACCAGUUGGACCUCAAUGCCCAAACAAAGGACCACGUGGACCUUGACACAAAAACGAAAGACCACUUGGACCUUUACGCUCUGACAAACAAUGGCUCAGACCUUGAGGCUCCAAUGGAGUACGACUUGGACCUYGAGGCUCCAUCUCCAAGCUCUGCUUUCAGCCCAGUGUCUGGUCAAACGGCUCCACGGCUCUCUGGUCUCAGGCUUCCCGGACUUGGCGGCAGGUUUCUGGCAGGUCGGACGUUUCCUUGCUGGAACAAACUGUGGCUCCAUCGUCGACGAGGCGGCGGAGCGUUCCGCUGCAACCACUGCCAGCUGGAGUUUCACUUCCUGGGUUUGUACGUCCGACACCUGCAGGAACAUGCGGCUCAAAUGACACACACGUGUCCAUCACGUCCCGAUGCUUUUACAGAUAAAGAGGACUUAAAGACGUACCUGUCAGUCUGCAAUAAGCGUUCAGACCGUCUGAACUGCAGAACAUGUGGGAAAAGCUUCUCUGUCCAGAGGAAACUGAAGGAACACGAGCUGCUUCAUAAAGGAAGGAGAACGUAUGCCUGUCGGCCAUGUCACCGCUCUUUUUCUUGCCCCGCCUCCUUAGCGGCUCACCUACAGACUCACAGGAAACAGCUUUGCGUGCCUCAGCCUGCUCGGGUCGACGAGCCCUUCCUGUUCCCGUACCGCUGCGGGAAAUGUCCCGGCAGGUUCUCCAGCACCGACCUGCUGCAGGCGCAUCAGGUGUGUCACUUUGUGGCGGGAAAGAAACCAGAGAGUUCUCCUGAGACGCUCGUUUCCUUCAUUUCCAGCGUCCAGAGAGUYUCGUCUGACCCGCUCCCAAAGAAGCUUCCUGUGAGCAACAAGAAGCACCUGUUCAGGUACCCUCACCCGGACCGCCUCUACGUCGUCCCCGUCAUCUCCUCAGAGCCGCCCAUCAUCGUCUCCGACACGGAGGAGGAAACAAGACCGGAGAGUCCUGAAGAGUCCCUUCAGCUACAAGUUUUAAUCCAGUCUUUAAUCCCAGAAAAAUGUCAGAGUGAUGAGGGCAGCCAUGAUGGAGAGGGCAGAGAUGAUGACGAUGAGGGCAGCCAUGAUGGAGAGGGCAGAGAUGAUGACGAUGAGGGCAGCCAUGAUGGAGAGGGCAGAGAUGAUGACGAUGAGGGCAGCCAUGAUGGAGAGGGCAGAGAUGAUGACGAUGAGGGCAGCCAUGAUGGAGAGGGCAGAGAUGAUGACGAUGAGGGCAGCCAUGAUGGAGAGGGCAGAGAUGAUGACGAUGAGGGCUGUAACGAUGGCGCCGCAGCCAAAUAUUCGAACUGCAGGUUGUGUUCGCUCAUCUUUAAGGACAUCAUGUCGCUCCACCAACACUACAGAGAGCACGCUGAAGGGAUGAGAUGAAUCUGAUAAAGCUGGAUUUUAUUUUUCUCUGAACUUUAAACCUUUGUUUGUUUUAAAUGGAGCCUUUUAAUACAGUGAAAAAAUGUGGGACUUUCUCAGGAUAAAGACAAACCUUUGUUUUUACACUUUAGUUUGUUACUCUGUGUAAAAAGAAUUCUGCUGCUGUUUGUUAUAUUUAAUGAGUUAGUUUUAUUUUUUGUUUCUUUUAAUCUUAA